AUGAGGCUUUCUCAGAUCUCUGCAAACCAAGUUCUUCCUCAAACCAGUAAUGGCAGAGUGAGCUUAGGAGCUUCCCUUUUCGCAACAGAGAACUCUUCCUCUUGGCUCUCUCAGAAUGGCGAGUUUGCUUUCGGCUUUCGCAAGCUUAGAAACCAAGAUGAUCUCUUCUUCUUGCUAUGCAUAUGGUAUGUCAAUGGAGAUAAGCCGGCUGAAGCGAGAUCAAAUGUGGUGCUAACUCCUGAAAUAGGACUUGCUCUAACUACUCCUCUAGGCGAAGAGCUAUGGAAGUCUGAGUCAGUUGAUGAAAGUGUUGCCAAUGGUGUCAUGAGUGAUGAAGGAAACUUUGUCCUUGAAGGUUCCAAUUCAAACAAGUUAUGGGAAAGCUUUAAGAAUCCAACAGAUACCAUUUUGCCAAGCCAGGUAUUGGACAUGGGACAAGUCCUUUCAUCUCAUCAAUCACAGACUAACUAUUCCAAAGGAAGGUUCCAAUUUCGUUUGCGAGAAGAUGGGAAUGUUGUGCUCAACACAGUAAACUUGCCUUCUAACUAUGCCAAUGAGCCUUAUUAUGCAACUAACAUCUCUGGUGAAAGCUCAACACAGUAG